AACACGGAUUUUUACUUCUUCAGCUCUGCUUGAUCAUUUCACAGACACUAUGGAGCGAAUCACUUUCCCGAGCGGAUUAAACUCUGCAGCAAACCCACAGGACGCGACGCAGCCCUGGAGACCCUGGACGCGUCAAGCGCGCCAUGGACGCAAAACCGCCACUCUUUCGCCCUAUGAAAAACCACCUUCAACUGAUAAACACUGUAACAUCUCUGUAAUGACACACCCGGUGAAGUUAUUUUGGCCCAAAUCUCAGUGUUUCGAUUAUUUGUACAGGGAUGCAGAAAUUCUCCUUCAGAAUUAUCCGGUUCAGGCCACAAUCUGUCUGUAUGAGGAUUCAGACAGCGAUGAUGAAGAUGAUAUUGACAGUGAUGAAGAAGAUGAGAAAGAACUCAACUGAUCAUCAUAUCAUUACUCAACACAAUUUAUUUAUAGACUCCAAAACUUGCUUCCA